AUGGCGAGUGGCGUUACAACAGUGGAUUGCCACAAACAAGUUAGAUCAUGGAAAAUACUACGUUCACUCAUUCAACUACUAAUCCCAACUUGCAACUCUUCCACCACCAUUCUUGAAGAUCAACAUACUAUAAUUACAUCAAAAAAAAAUAUUCUCCGAAAUUCUUCGCUCAUAACAACCACGUCCACCAUCACCGGCACGAUAUUCCAAUACCGAAGAGGAAGAAUAAGUUUUUGCAUUCAAUCAAAUGCUAAGUCCAGAACUCCAAUUCUCCUAUUGGAACUAGUUGUUCCAACCAACAUUUUAGCAAGGGAAAUGAGAAGAGGAACGUUGCGAAUAGCGCUAGAGAGUAGCAACGAAAAUGGAAGAUCUUGUUCGGUAUGGACUAUGUAUUGUAAUGGAAAAAAGGUUGGGUAUGCUGUUAAGAGAAAGCCUUCGAAUAUUGAUUUUGAAGUGUUGAGUUUGAUGCGUUCGGUUGUUGUCGGAACUGGUGUAAUGAAGUGUAAUGGAGAAGGUUAUUAUUAUGAUGAAUUUAUGUAUUUAAGAGGUAGUUUUGAGAGAGUUGGUGGAUCUAAUUCUCAAUGUCAAUCAUUUCAUUUGAUUGAUCCUGAGGGAGGUAUUGAUCAAGAGCUUAGUAUUUUCUUUUUUAGCUCAACCUCACAAUGCUCAUCUAAUUCACCUUUUAUUUUUCAAUCUACUUCUUUUUACUAA